AUGAAGAUGGCAUGGCAUCUUCAAGCUGAUAUAUUAGUGCUGAGAGGUUCUGGUCUUGUCUUCGAGGUUACGCUUCUCGACACGGCCUCCCUAAACUCUCCAUUCACUAUUAGAGGAAACUUGCAAAUGACAUCAUUUACUGGAAGUUAUUUUAAUCCAAAUUCUGAUCGUGUCCCUUCGGAGUUCGUCCUCGGCUCUGCUUAUUCUUUUACCAUUUUUCUUUUUGGUAAUCAUGGUCAAGUAUGUGGCGGAGUUGUUAGAGGAAAUGUUAGGGCUUCAAGUGUUGUUCUGAUUUCUUCCGCUCUUUGUAGGAAGCCAAAGUUUUAUAGGGUGCCCUCUAACAAGGGAGACAUGCGUGUGGUUAAAAAGGUUGAUCCAAGACUUGAUGGUGUUGUCGACCAUAAUGUUGUUGUUCCACAACAUAACAACAAAAAGAACAUUGCUAAUGUGUCUAAUGCUCUUGCACUGACAGAACCCCACUUUUACUAA